AUGGCGUCCAGUCCUCGGGUGUCACGGGAUUUCCAUCAUCCCUUUACGCCAUAUGAGAUUCAGCUCCAGUUUAUGGAGGCUCUUUAUGGCUGCCUGGAGGACGGAAAAGUCGGCGUCUUCGAGUCCCCCACCGGUACGGGUAAAUCAUUAAGUCUCAUCUGCGGGUCACUCACCUGGCUGCGAGACCACAGACGCAAGGCAUUCCAGGAAUCCUUGGAUCAGGCAGGGUUCGUACAUUCUGUCAGCGCAACGUCUGACGCUGAAGUCUGUGCAAAUCUAGGCGAUGAUAGCGAACCUGACUGGAUGGUGGAAUUCGCCAAGAAGGAGUCGCGGCGAUCGAUUGUCGAGAAACGACAAGAAUUCGAAUCACGAUUGGCCAAGAUCAAAAGCGACGAGGAACGGUUGAAGCAAGCCUCGGCGACGCAAGACCGACCACGCAAGAAACAGCGACUAGAGGAACAGAAUGUACAAGCCACUCUUCACGAGGACGAAGAACAUUACGUCCUUGAUGACUAUGACAGCGACGCAGAGGAUCGCAAAGGUACAAGUCAGCUAGGCGGCUUGGAGGGCCUGUCGGCUGGCACACUGGCACUGCUUGAAAAGUUCAAAGGCAAUUUUGCGACCCAACGGAAUGAGGAAGAUGAAGCGGACGACACCGUCAAGAUCUUCUACUGCUCACGAACGCAUUCUCAGCUGAGCCAAUUCGCAGGUGAACUGCGUCGAGUAACAUUUCCGUCAAGCAUACCGCCGGAGACGGGACAAGAUGCCAAGGGAGAUGGGCAGUCCGAGCUCGACGAAGCGAUCAAGCAUCUCUCCUUGGGAUCGAGGAAGAACCUUUGUAUCAAUCCCAAAGUCCGAAGCCUGGAGAAUAGCACAGCAAUCAACGAGCGCUGCUUGGACCUGCAACAACCCGGCGUAGCUGCCGACAAGAAGUGUUCUUUUCUGCCUACCAAGGAUGACGACGCCGUGCUUCUCGAAUUCCGGGAUCGUGCUCUUGCAACUGUGAAGGAUAUUGAGGACAUUGGCAAAGUGGGCAAAGAGGUUGGCAUUUGUCCAUACUAUGCCUCACGAUCAGUCAUCAAGUUUAGCGAAUCUGCUCGCGAGGCCCUCAAUCUGUCCGUCAAGGGCCAUGUUGUGAUCAUCGAUGAAGCUCACAAUUUGAUGGAUGCCAUCGCGGGUAUUCAUUCGGUAACCGUGUCGUUGUCUCAACUACAGACAUCAAUAACCCAGUUAACAACCUACGCGCGAAAAUUCAAGAAUCGGCUCAAGGGAAAGAAUCGCAACUAUGUUGCCCAGGUGAUCCGCCUGAUUAGUUCUAUUGCGCGCCAUUUGCAUGAAAUACAACAGCAAAAGGGCCCUGCUGAGGGUUCAAUCAAAAUUUCCGAUCUCAUGGCAGGCAAGGGCGUGGACCAAAUCAACCCUUACAAGCUUUCUCGAUAUCUUCAAGAGAGCAAGCUAGCGCGCAAAGUGGAUGGUUACGUGGAAUCGUCUCAGGAAUCGCAAGGCACGAAAGAAAAGAGUCGCUCCACGGUGCCUGUCUUGUUCCAUAUUCAGAGUUUCCUGUUGCCCUUGAUGAACCCUUCAGAGGAAGGAAGACUAUUUUUUCUAAAGGAGAAGAACGACAUACAGCUGAAAUACAUGCUCCUUGAUCCUACUAAUCACUUCAAGGAAAUUGUGGAAAAUGCACGAGCUGUCGUCUUGGCUGGUGGAACAAUGUCCCCGAUGUCUGAUUACGUGAAUCAUCUGUUUUCCUAUCUUCCGCCUGAACGACUUGAAACUUUCAGCUAUGGUCAUGUUGUUCCUUCUACAAAUCUGGUUGCUCAGUCCCUAACAAAGGGCCUGAUGGGCUGUGACUUUGAUUUUACCUACGAGGCCCGUAACUCGGAAAAGAUGAUAACCGAUCUUGGACGAACAAUAGCCACCCUCUGCCAAAUCAUUCCUCACGGCGUUGUUGCCUUUUUCCCCAGCUACGACUAUCUAAGCCAAGUUGUCAGCGUCUGGGAAAAGCCAAUCCCAAAUGGCAACGGCGUCACUCCUCUAAAGCUCAUCUCCAACCACAAGAAAAUACUCUAUGAGUCUCGCGACUCGGCCGUGUCCACGGACACCCUCCUGCAAGAAUACACCUCUACCAUCUCCGCCGGCCAAGGCGCACUUCUGCUUUCCGUGGUUGGCGGCAAACUCUCUGAAGGAAUCAACUUCUCCGACGAUCUCGGACGCGGCGUCCUCAUGAUCGGUCUCCCAUUUCCCAAUAUCCGCAGCGCAGUCUGGCAAGCCAAGAUCAAAUACAUCGAAGAGAAGACUCACAAGCAGCACUCGGGGACGGAUGCUGAGAAAAAAGCCAAGGCUGCGGCUGCGGGUCGUGACUUCUAUGAGAAUGCUUGCAUGAGAGCGGUGAACCAGUGUAUUGGGCGAGCGAUUCGUCAUGUCAAUGACUAUGCGGCCAUUGUGAUGAUUGAUCGCCGGUACGAGACACCGAGAAUUCAGGGUAAAUUACCUGGUUGGAUUAAGGGGAGCUUAGUCACGAGUAGCGGCGCUCGGCCUGCGCAGGCGACUGUUCAGCGAUUGUCGAGGUUUUUUGCGGAGAAAUCAGGGUGA